UCAUGGAGUACUUCUAUAUACUUGUAUUAUUAUUAUUUUAAAACUUAUAUGAGUCAAUCAAAAAAUUCCUGCUUCCUUGAAAAAUUUAUUUAAAAUACGACAAAAAAUAAUUAUUAUAAUUACACAUUUCUGAAUUAAUACCAAAUGUCAAAUUCAUCUAAUAAAACUUCAACAGAUCCCGAUGAAAAAGAAGACAAAGUUAAGAAAAAAAUUAUUAAAUUCAGACCAACUCCUGGUCAUGAUCCAAGGUUCCAACAAACAAAUCAAUCACUUAGAUGCUACGUAAUGUAUACAGAUUUUUAUCGAUGUGAAAAAAUUCUUGGAGAAAAUGAAAAAGCUUGUCAAUGGUUUAAAGAUACUUUCCAAGCUUUGUGUCCAAAAGCUUGGAUUGAACAGUGGGACAGUCUUAGAGCGCUAAAUCCUCCCAAAUUUCAUUGGCAUAAAGAAAGAACUCAAGGAAAAUUUCCAGGAAGGUCUUAUGCGAAUUAAUAAAUAUUAAAUUAAUUCCUUACUAAAAUCUAAAUAAAUAAAUAAAUAAACAUAUUUUAAAAAAAAAAUAUUCAACUUUAUUACACACAGGUACAGAACGUGUAUUUAUAUGAGGUAUAUAUGUCUGAUAUUAACACUAUUCAAAAACACUAUUUCUUUCCAACGAGUUUAAUUAAGUUGAUAUUUAUCAAUAUAAUUUUUAGUCAUUUUUUUUAUCUUGAAAAAUUU